AUGGCACCGUCGAUAUAUGACACAGCAUGGCUUGCUAUGAUCGAGAAAAAUACAGAUCAGUGGCUAUUCCCUGAGUGCUUUGAAUACCUCCUUGAGCACCAAAACGUGGAAGGGGGCUGGGAUCCCCUGGAACAGGCCAUUAGAACCACUAAAUAUCCGGUCAACGUCUGGUUGCCAGAUUGUAUCAUCCAUUCCAUGGCUGCAUUACUUGCUCUGUGCCGCCAUGUUCGCCGUGCCAUGCGCAGAGGAGGUGAUGUUCCUGAUGAUUCGCUGGCUAGGAUAAUACGUGCAAAGCAAUUUCUUGAUUGUAAAUUGCAGAUGUGGCAGCUUGAUGGAACCACCCACUUUGGAUAUGAGCUGCUGGUUCCGGUACUCUUGCGCCUUUUGCGCGACGAAGGUGUGACGUUCGAAUUUCCGGCGAAGGAGGCCUUGAUGAAGAAAUACCAAGAAGCCUCUGAUAUUGACAUUAAUUGGGUUUAUAGUGGCCCUUGCAAGGUUCCUCUCUUUUCUUUGGAGGGGUUCCUUGAUAAGCUUGACUUCAGCAGGCUCAGUCAUCUUGUCACUAUGGCAGGCAUAGCUGCCUCGCCUGCUUCCACUGCAGCAUAUUUGAUCUAUGCACCUACCUGGAGCGAGGAAUGUGAAAAUUACUUACGGUAUAUUGUAUCACAUGGUCAAGGAAGAGGAACUGGCGCUGUCUGUGGUGUAUUCCCAUUGGAGAUUUUUGAGCCAUGCUGGAUUCUCACCGCACUCUUAGAAAAUGGAUUCACAGCGGAUAUCUUGGGGCGUGAAAAGGUGGACAGCAUUCUUCACAUAAUCCAUCGCAAAAUGGAGGAUGGGGUAACUGGAGCCACUCACGCAUUCUUCCCGGAUGCAGACGACACCUCAAGGGCCCUUACAAUAUUGAAUAUCCACGGUUACCAAAUCAGCCCAGCAGGGAUGACGGCAAAGUUCGAAGUUGAUCAAUGUUUCGCGACAUUCGACGCGAAGAUGCCUAACCGUGUUAAAAGUGUGAGCGUGAAUGGUAAUGUCCUAAGCUCACUGCUUCAUUCCCCAGACCCUAGUGCUUUUAGUUCUCAGAUCGAGAAGGUUGCAAGGUUCAUAUGCGGGAGAUGGCACGAGGAAGGCAGAUUCGAAGAUCACUGGAAUUUAUCCGAGUUCUAUGGCCUCAUGCACAUGGCACAGUCACUCGUACAAUUAUUGGUUCUUUGGCACGAAGGAGGAUUACCCUCGAUACCAGAAGAUCUUGUUCAGAUGAUAAUUCCGUCCUGCUUGCAGGGGGCCACCGCACGUAUCCUGCAACAGCAGAACCCGGAUGGCUCUUGGGGUGAUAUACAUUCCAAGGAAGAAACUGCCUAUUCAAUAAUUGCCCUUGCAAAUCUGGGCUCACAUACUGCCCUUGGAGAUGACUUCAGUCACAUUGAGUUGGCCAUAGCACGGGGGAAACAGUUCCUGUUAGAGAACUGGGAAAUGGGAGACAGGCCGGACCGGAUCUGGACAGGAAAGAUAUUACAUGGUAUCUCAUACGUUCAAGAUGCAUAUGUUAUUGCUGCUUUAAAGAUCAGUCGCGCAAAUUUGGCAGGGAAGAGAAGGCUUGAUCCGAAGCAAGGCGGAAUAUCCGCAGACUAUUACGUCUAA